AAAAAAACAUUUGGAUCCGACAUCCGCCUGCGGCACAAAACAUGAAGCGAUCAGGGAGGAGAUGGAGCUCUGUGUGGGACUGCUUUGAACAAGAGGGGAACUUUGUCCGCUGCGUAAAAUGUGACGCUACACUGAAGUACUGCGGCGGAGCCACCAGCUCCAUGAUAAACCACAUGAGUAGGUACCAUCCGACCCUAACGCCACCUGACGGAGACGAGAAACCCGUGAUCUGCGGCGUCCAGAGCAUCGACGAUGAGAGCGCGGCGAACUCGGACAUCACGCAGGUGUCCGUCGUGUCCCCCGGCGUUAACAUGACAAGCAGCCAGCCCGAGCGGGACUACUAUGGCGAGAGGAAGCGCCUGAAGCGGAGCUCGGUUUGGGACAUUUUCAUCAAAGUGGACGAUGAGGUUCACUGCACGGUGUGCGACACAAAGCUCAAAUACAAGAGCAGCACCACCAGCAUGAUGUACCACAUCAAAAAUAAACACCCGGACUCUGUGCCUAAUGAUGGCGUGUCAGUGGCAACACAUGCAGAGGUAACAGAGCUCAUCUCCAGGAUGAUAGAGAAGGACCUGCUGCCAGUCAGUGUCGUCACCGGGGAUGGUUUUCGAGAGCUACUUGCAUACACCGUUCAUAACUAUAAGAUGCCAUCUGCUGGAGAUAUUACACGCCUCAUAGAAGGCCAUUUCCACGAGAAGGUGGAGGAGCUUGUGGGGCAGCUGGGCCGAGUGGAGAGAGUGGCUCUCACUGCUGAUGUUUGGACAGCCCUUCCGUUCCAUGUCUACAUUACAGUUUCCUGUUCAUUCAUAACAGAAGAGUGGCAGGGGCGGUCAGCUGUGCUGCAAACGCACAAAUUACCACCGGGCAGCCACCAUACUGCAGACAAAGUCACAGAGAGGCUUCUUGAAGUCGUGCAGAACUGGGGUCUUGCCGGAAAAGUGACCGCAUGUGUUCAUAACAACACGGACGACGCUUUGUCAGCACACGCGUGUACCCGUGUCACCUGGGACUACGCCAAUUGCUUCGCCACUACUCUGCAGCUCGCAGUCAACGACGGGCUGAGUGAGGAUCUAGUCCACAUCGUUGUUGCAGCGGGGAAACUAGUCAAGCAUUUCAGUCACAACCUGGUGGCAGGUGAGGCCUUGGCGCAGAAGCAGGUUCAGAUGUGUCUGCCUCAACACAAACUCGUCCGCUCGAACAAAGCUAGAUGGGACACAAUUUGCGAUAUGUUCGAGCGGUUACUGGAGCAGCGGUGGGCAAUCAAAGCCGUGCUCUCUGAUCGAAUGAUCACCAACAGACAGGAAGCGCGGGCUCUUGAGAUCGGAGAUGAUUGUUGGCAAAUUAUUGAGAAUUUCACACCCGUGCUUGCGACACUGAAAUGGGCAACUACAGUCAUAUCUGCCGAAACAGAAGUAUCGAUUUCAAAUAUCUACCCGAUCACAUUCAGCCUCACUCAGACUCACCUUGUGCCCAAAGAGAAUGAUGUUGAACAAGUCUCAGAGUUCAAGCUGAAAGUCCAGAAGUCGCUUAGAACUUACAUGGAGGUUGACUCUAAUGACCUCGCCUCCAAACCAGCUCUGAUUGCCUCCAUUCUGGACCCUCGUCACAAACACCUCAGCUUCCUAACACCGGCAGGAAGACUGGCUGCAAAGGUUAAACUGCAUGAGCUGGUUUCAAAACAAGAUGUGAUCACUUCAACUGUGAGCACAAAGGAUGAGCAGCAGGAGACCCCGGUUACACCUGAUAUCAGUCGAGUCCCUUUGCCCUCACAAAUGAGAAGUGACACCAAAAACACCAUGAUGUUGCUCCUGGGAGACAACUACAGCUCCUCCUAUGCCACAGACUCCGAGGCUCAGGUGGAUUACUACCUGAGAGACAUUGCUCCCUCAUUGGACAUAAACCCUCUUGACUGGUGGAGGGUUAAUGGGCCAAGAUUCCCAAAACUGGCCACUCUGGCCAGACACUACUUGUGCAUACCUGGUGUAUCGCUGCCGUCGUUGUUGUCUGAGGCUGGACAGACUUUUGCCACAAUGCGUACAAGACUGAGUCCGGACCAAAUUGACAUGAUGAUCUUUGUGAACAGAAAUCUGUAACUUAUUGACCCUUUUGUGAUGGAGGAAGGCCGGGCUGACGGCCUCAGUGAUGGCACCAUCCUGGAAACGACGCAGCUCGGAGCGAGAGCCCCACAGCUGACGAAACUCAGCCGCCUGGCAGGAGAACACCGUCGUUAUUUAUUAUAAGUCAUAACACAAGCUUGAUGGUAA